AUGGCUCCCAAGAAGGAAGUGAAAGAAAAACAAGUAAAAGGGGAUGAAGCUGAUUCGGCCGCUAUCCGUUUACAGAUGGUAUUGAAUUAUAUGAAAGAAACCAAUCGACCUUAUGCUAAUGCCGACGUAUCUGCAAACCUCAAGAACAGAGUACCUAAAGCAGCUGCUGUCAAAGUCCUCGCUACACUAGCUGAGAAAGGUCAACUUACAGUCAAGCCGUACGGUAAACAGCUCAUCUACUUAUACAACCAAUCUCUUCUUGAUGUUCUCGCCCCUGAAGAAUUGGCAUCUCUUGAUGAGGAGAUCAAAGAGACCAAGAGCGAAUUGGAAGAGAAAAGGAAGGAAUUGAAGAACCUCCAAUCGGGACUCGCAUCCAAAGAAGCAUUACCCAAAACGAAAGAUCUCGCCAAAGAGAUCGAAAAGGUUAAAGCUGAUAACGAGAUCACGCUGAAAGCUCUCGCACCAUUCCGAUCAACUUCCGAUGGAGAGGCAGCUAUCAACCCUCUUUCAGCCGAGGAGACCAAGAAGAUUGAUAUGGAGUUUACCAAGUGGAGGAAGGAAUGGGUAGACAGAAGGAAGAUCUACAAGGAAUUGCUCGGCAUGCUCACUGACGGAGGUCAAAUCGAUAACGUCCAAUCAUUCGAGGAAGAUCAAGGUAUUACACCUGACGAUGAUGACGCCAAGAAAGUCGAACAAGGUGAAUUCGUCAAAAUUCCCCUUCCGGUCAGAUCAUCAAAUAACAAAAAACCUAUGAGCAUGGGUGUUCAAAAAGUAAUGAAUGGUUCAGCCAAGAGAACCAAUUCGGAUGUCACUACCGUUGGUCAGGAGGAUACCAGUGGGGGUAAGAAGAAGAAAGCUAAGAAGGCGUAA